CGCGCGCUCGGGCGUUGGGCGGUUGAGCCUCAGUUCCCCUGGAGCGGGCGGAGGAGCCGGUAAAGAAGCGGAGACCGGCCGCUGCGCUGACCCCUGCCUCUCCUCCCCGCAGCACACCGGAUCGUCCCUGGCCGCCGCGGUCUGCCCAGAACGAUGCCGCUGCCCGACACCAUGUUCUGCGCGCAGCAGAUCCACAUCCCCCCGGAGCUGCCCGACAUUCUGAAGCAGUUCACCAAGGCUGCCAUCCGCACGCAGCCGUUGGACGUGCUGCAGUGGUCGGCGGGGUAUUUUUCAGCCCUGUCCAGAGGAGACCCACUUCCUAUAAAGGACAGAAUUGAAAUGCCUGUGGCCACUCAGAAGACCGACACAGGCCUGACCCAGGGACUCCUGAAGGUCCUGCACAAGCAGUGUAGCCACAAACAAUACGUGGAAUUACCAGACCUUGAGAAGAAGUGGAAAAACUUGUGUCUGCCAGUAGAAAAAUUCAGAGCUAUCCUGGAACUGGAUCCAUGUGAAGAAAAAGUGGAGUGGAUAAAAUUUUUAGCUCUUGGAUGUAGCUCCCUGGGUGGGACACUGAAUACUGCCAUGAAGAACGUCUGUGAGAUCCUCACUACUGACCCGGAGGGUGGGCCUGCUCGGAUUCCGUUUGAAACUUAUGCCUACAUCUACCAGUACUUAUCUGACCUGGACCCAGAACUCCCGGCCUCAGACACAGAGACCUAUCUUGCCACUUUAAGAGAGAAGGCAGAAUCUAAAAAGAAUGGCAUGAUAGGACUUUCGGACUUCUACGUUGCACGGAAGUCAAUAUAGGAAGCCUUGAAAAGAAAGCUCUGAAGAAUUGAAGAAUAGACCGUUAAUACAGAGAGGAACACAUUUAAUGUGGUGCUUUUGAAAGCCUUGGCGCCCAAUACAGCUUGUCAUUAACC